AUGUCACAACAAGAGACGGUUAUCGAUAUCGAAACAAUUGCUGGCACAGAUACCUCUCAACCCCCACCUGUAGCCUCGGAUAAAUCGCUCGAAAAUAUGCUCAAAGAGCAUCCAUAUUUCGCAAGAGUAUAUGGGCUUGCGAAGAAAGAUCCAAGAUUUGAAGUUUUGGCACUGAAACUUGAGUUUGAUUUGGGGGAAGAGACACGAAAAGGUUUACGCGAGAAGUAUUCGAGGAGACAUGGGGCAAGUGGAAACCCGAUCCAGAGAAUUCUGCUGCUUCUCAAAAACACAAUUGUGCAAUACUUCGUCACGAUGGGCUUACAUGGUCGACCGAAACCUUCUGGCACGGACUGGGUCAGCCAAAUGACACUGAUCAUCGUUGCUCUGAACCAUACAAGAUUCGAUAGUGUUGCACAUCGAUGGAGGGCUCCAGCGGCGCCCAAUGGAAGGUUGAUUGAGAAAAUAGGUGCCAUAUUUGACAUCCACCCGUUCUUCUUCGAUCAAAUGAUGUCUAACGAGGAGAGAUCGCAUUGGAGUCAACGUCCCCAAGGUAAUUCUGUUAUUGAUCUUGGUUACAGAAUGGCAGCCCAGGUCAAGCAGACUUGUCUCCUAAUUGGAUUGGAUCGUUACGAGCGUUCCGCAAAUCCCAGAUUUUGGAUUACCUAUGCACUAAUGCCAAACCGUGGCAAAACCUUGAUCAUGUUUUACCACUUCGCACCUUACGAUAGAUUACUGUUCAACGGAAGUACCACCAGCAGUACUCCCGACAGAACGUUUUACGGCUUGGAGUUCUCAAGUGGAACAUCAAGCACAACCAAGCCAAAAGGAAGAGCACGCUCACUUCGUCAGCCAAGACGAUUAAUUAUAGCCUCGGAACUACGCGAUGAUAACAACUUCCUAGAGCUACUACAAUUUUGCAAAUCUAUGGGGGCAAUACGGAUCGCGCAAGCUCAAAAGUCACCACUCAUGCUUUUAAUUCCAUUUCUAGAAAUAUUUGGAAUUGUGUUCCUAGAUCUUGUCACAGGCUACGACCUGCAAUACAAACAAGAUAUCUAUCGCUAUUAUUAUUACAAGAGUCUUGCUACCUCACCGAGCGAUCUUGUAAAAGAUUUUGACAUAUUCGGAUCUUGGAGAGUCUUGCGGGAACUCAUGGAAGAAUUCCAACGAAUUACAGACAAAAUUGAGGAUUACAACAAAUUAAUAGGAGAAGAAACGGCAGACAAAUGUUGUAAGACCGACACGGUGGUGGAUUUGUUAAAGACUCAUCGCAAGCUGUUAAGGGACGCGAGGAUUUUAGAGCAAGAAGUUCGCGAUACACUUCAGAUUACAGCCGCAAGAGAGGCUUUGCUAGAGUCCAGCGCCUCUAUUCGGCAGGCAAAUACAGUCGGGAGGAUUUCAUACUUAGCUGCUGUUUUCUUGCCACUCUCAACUGUUAUGUCAUUCUAUGGAAUGAACACUCAGGAAUUUUCAGGCACUGGACUGUCAUGGAGGACGUUCAUAAUAUCUACUGUUUCCAAUAUGGUCUCGCUAUCUGGCGAUAAAUAUCUUUCUGUUAACUUUCAUGUAUCCGGGGUACACGAUUGCUAUACUUUUGGAUUUAAUGUUCAGGCAAGCGCGUCGGAUAGCUCCAAGACAGAGAAGAUUGCGCAAAACAAGUUUUUGCUUUGGAAUGUUGAGAACGAGCUUCUCGGUGAUCAUCAAAGCAUUCAAACAAUGCUCUGA